CGACAGCAAAAACGAUGACGUCAUCUUUAUUGAGUCCCAGGAAGUUCUACACUUUUUUUCCCCCAGCAUUCAACUUCCAAACAUUUCUCUUGUACGCAGCAGGCUCGUCCUUUUAGGGAAUGUUCACCAGCGACUCAAAAUGGGCUUGCCUGACGAUUAAACCACCUAUAUGAAGUUGUCCGGGAGUCACCACCCUAGUUCCUGUUCAUCCAGUUGGGCCAGUUGCUCCUAUCCACUUAGCCGCCGGGAAGUGCGACCAACGCUGUGCGCAGCCUCUAUGGGACAAUAGCAGAGGGCAUCCACGCUCCUUCCUCUUCCUCCAUCCCCUCCCCCGCUCUCCACAGAUGCUAUCCCCCUAACAAACAUUGUCACCCGCCCACACACACAGACAGUCCUCCUCCCACGCCGGUCACGGUGCACUCCCUCCACCACCGCCAGUCAGGCAGCGAGCGGCGGACGGAGGCUGUGUAAUCCUGAAGCACGGCCCGCCUACGCUCUCUUUUUGUGAUGGCGACUGUUAUUGUGGCUGCCGGAGCCCCUCUCCGGAGGCGCAGGGAGGAAGUACAGGAGGCGGUGUGAAGGGAGAAGGGACACUUAUCAUCGGACUUCUGGAGGCUGCGCUUUGAAUGCGCGUUCAUGGGGCGUUGAAAGCACAUGAUGUGGCACCGGCUUCGCCGCCUCUUGCCAGUCAACGAUUGGACCAAAAGUCAACUUUGGAAAUAUUCGGAACAUACCUAACCCGCGGCAAAGGAAUGCAGUGAACAUGGAGGAAAGUACUUUUUGACUUCUAUCCUGAUUGUUAUCCUAAUAUCUUUGCUACUGGUGGUCACAAAAGACGAACGCCACCAAAAGUGCCUUUACUUUUGUACUCCUACUUUAUACUGUCACGUAAUUCUGUGACGUUACAUGCCACAAGUGAACAAAUAGCUGACAAUCUUCACUGUAGUUUUGUAAGGGCUGCCAAGCAAACUCCUGUCCACGCCAGAUAGGCCUCAGACUGUCUGCGUAGCCUCGUCCCGCCCGUCGCCAUGGUUAAGUUGCAGUCCAAAUGGCGCUACCUGUUCAUGUUCCUGGGCGUCCAGCUGGUAGUCAUGGCGCUGCUGUCCCGGGAGGGCUACCAGAAGAGGGUCACCUACUUCAUACGCAUCUUCCGCAAGUCGGACGGCGCGGCGACGUCCGCCCGAAACCAGACCGCAGCCAAUGUGCCUGGAAGUGACGUGUACGCGAACCUCUCCCUACUGUCCAGAGGUCAGAACAAUGGAGAGGUGGUUUACUACUGCCCCAAGACCUCCCCUCUCACAGUGGGGCCGAUACAUGUCAGCUUUCCGUCGGGACUCACCCUCGCCGACGUACAGCGAAAGAACCCGCUUGUAGUGCGCGGCGGACGCUACCGGCCGCCCGACUGCGAGGCGAGGCACCGCACGGCCAUCAUCAUCCCGCACAGGCACCGUGAGCACCACCUCAGGUUCCUGCUCUACUACCUGCAUCCUUUCCUGCAGCGGCAGCAGCUCAACUACGGCAUCUACGUCAUUCACCAGGCUGGAAACUACACGUUCAACAGGGCCAAGCUGAUGAACGCCGGUUUUCGCGAGGCCAUGCGCGAGGAGGACUGGGACUGUCUCUUUUUCCACGACGUGGACCUCAUUCCCGAGGACGACCGCAACACCUACGUGUGCGACUCCAACCCCAAGCACGCCGCCGUCGCCAUGGACAAGUUUGGCUACAAGCUCCCGUACAAGAUGUACUUCGGAGGAGUGUCGGCGCUCACGCCUCUCCAGUACCUCAAAAUUAAUGGCUUUCCCAACAACUAUUGGGGCUGGGGUGGCGAGGACGAUGACAUCGGAAUGAGAGUGUCUUUGGGGGGAAUGUACAUCACACGGCCAUCCUUGAAGGUGGGACGCUACAAGAUGGUCAAACACAAGCUGGACAAAGGCAACGAUGUCAACCCGAACAGGUUCACCAUGCUCACCAAGACACGCAACACGUGGAAACAGGACGGGAUGAACACGGCCGAGUACGAGGUCCUCUCCCGGGAGUACCUGCCCCUCUACACCAACAUCACGGUCAACAUCGGCACUGAGGCCGGUCUGCAUCCGCCUCUUCAGACCGCUGCCAAACCUGCAAAAUAAUCUUUUCUCACAUUCUGGCCUUACUUGCUGGCAGUUUUGUUCUUGUCAGGAUGGAAGUAACUACAAGAAGGUGAGACAAUUCUUCUCAUUAGCAGCCAAAACGGACUCCUAACUAUACCGCAUAUAUCAAAUGAUAUUUAUAGCUGUAUCGUAUACAUCAAAUGAUAUUUAUAGCUAUACCGCAUAUAUCAAAUGAUAUUUAUAGCUGUAUCGUAUACAUCAAAUUAUAUUUAUAGCGUUACCGCAUAUAUCAAAUAUUUCUAGCUGUAUCGUAUACAUCAAAUGAUAUUUCUAUCUGUAUCAUAUAUAUCAAAUGAUAUUUUUAGCAGCGCUCCACUCUGCUUUCUGUGUUGUUCUUCCAAGCGAGUGUGAGACGUUGGACUCUGUGAGUUUGUAUAUCGACAGCGUCGCACUCGCUGCUCAAACCCGGUGAUGCCUUCGAAUGUCCUCUGCUCAUAUCUUGCAUUUUUUUUUUUUUUUUUUUUUGGUAGUUUUUUUUUUUUUUUAUUGGAGUCCUUUUGCCUUCUUUGUUUUUGAAACAUGUGAACACACCGAAAGAUUCCAGUGACACGGAACUUGUCCUUCACAAACAAGGCGUGUUCUCGGUGUCGCUAUAAUGUUCUUAAAGGAGAAGAACUGGAAAUUUGGAGAUUUUCGACCUCUACAAAAUUCUAAAUAAAACACAUCAAUUUGGAAAAAGUACCAUAAAUGCUGUAAUUAUAACCUGAGUAAUAAUUUAAUAUUAGCUGUUUUUUUUUCUUUUUUCUCUCAAAAUGUAUUCAAGACAAGUACAGUGAAGCCUCGAUUUACCAACUUAAUUGGUUCUUUAACAGGGUUCAUAAAUCAAAGUUUGUAUAGUGAAGCAACUUUCGCUACAAGAAACAAUGUAAAUAUGAAUAAUGUGUUCCAGCCUAGACAAAAGUCUGUCUUUUAGUGACAGCUUGUACACUUUGAACACAAUGUAAAGUGCUAUACAGUACUGUGUAUCAAACAUAAGGAGGUGAUGGAUUUAUUUUAUCGUUAACAAGCUGAACACACAGAAAUUCCUUUGCUGCCCUCACAAACAAUCAGAAAUCACAAAAAUCCUUAACUUUAACAACUAUAUUGUUACAAUAAAAAUAAAAAAAGGAAAAUCCCUUAUAUUCAUAUUGACAAGGAGCUGAGGAGAAAGCAGCAGACAGAGGGAGAAAAGGAAGGGGAGACGUCAUGUUUUUUCCCCCUUGUGAAAUAAGUGCUGUGGCAUGUUUUUCCAGAUAAGUCCAAGUAAAACUUGCUAUGUACGAAGCCUGCUUCAACGAUUCUUCCAUACUUGUGAGCGCCAUUAUUGUGUAUUACUUGCAAAUAGGUCACAAUUUCCGCCUUCUUUCCACGCCGGUCUGUCGUCCUUUUUCGGACUCAGUGAGUUGGCAAAAUGGACAAACUUGUCAAAAGAAGAAUAAAAAGGCACUGAGUAGUGCAGCAAGACACGUGGAAGGUCCCGCCUCCUCACUAAAAUGCAGCGCCCGGCUUUUUUCCCUACAGGCGGGGCACAAAGUGAAUGACUGAAGCGUUCGUACACAGAGACAAGGUUUGCACCCUGAGGCAUAUUUGGCUCGGUCUAAAAGUAUGUCAAUCGCAAAGUUUGCAAAUAGAGGGGUUUGUAGACCGAUUGUACCUAUUUAAAUAGGAUAAACAGCACUUCUACUUCCGGUUGAACGCACGAAAUGUAAGGACAAUGCAGCUUUGCAGCACCUGUAGUUAGCGAACUCGUCCAAAAAAUGGCGGCAUAGCACAAACAAUAACACACCUGUUUAGUGUCUUUGCUUGUUUUGUGUUUUUUUUAAGAAAAAUCCAUAAAUUAGUGCAUUGUUUUAUAAGCUGCAGGGUUCAAAGUGUAGGAAAAAAGUAGCAGCUUACAGUCCGGACUUUACGGUAAAUAUAAAAAACGGUUUAGUUUUCAUUUUUAUUUCAUAUAAUAAACAUUCAAAUCCCUGGUAAAGAGAUGAGGAAAACAUACAAAAAAAAAAGUUUUUUCAUACUCUGACAACAGAAGUUUUUAUUUUCAAAGUAAAAGCGGGGAUACUACAGUACCUGUGUGCCUUGCUGAAAUGUAUUUGGAGCCCUACACUGAAACUAUUUUAGACAUGGCACAACGACGACUGGCAUGUAGAGUAAUCUGUGUGCAGAUAUAAGUGGAGGCAAAGAAGGAUUUAAUCACGCACCGUAUGACACUAUUAUACAGUAUUAUUUACAGGCCAGUCCGCGGUUUUGUCUUUAAAAUCACUACUUCCGGUUUCGGUGUCACAAUAUGAAAAUAACAAACAUACCCUUUGGUCCGUUUCUUAGUUUCUGUUCAUACGUGCGUAGAUAUUUCUGUAGACGUCUGUCCUCGUUCUUUGUCUUAAAUCAUUUCUGAGUAGGGCUCUAAAGACUUUUUAGCCAGAGUCACGGCCACACAAGUAGCGUAUUAAUUAUCCCCGCUUUUACUUUGAAAAUAAAUCUUGCUGUGUCUGUAGAUUAAAAACAUCCAUCUAGGUCAGAUCUUUCCUUUUUUGUUUACUGGGGAUUUUAUUUGUAUUAUACAAAAUAUUAAAUGAAAAUCAAACCAUUUUUAAAUGUUAUUGCUCUUCAACACUAAAACAUGAAAACUCUUUGCUUUUUAAUUCAAUUUUGUGCAUUCUAUUAUUAAAUUAAAAAAAACCAAUCGUUUGUUUUUUGUUUUUCAAUUUCUAUUAAUUAAAUUUAAAAAAAUAAUGACAUAAUACACACACUGACCUUCCACCUAUGCCUCUUUGCAAUACAUCAGCAAAACUCAACUACAAACAUUACUGAUGUUUGCCAUUAAUCAAAGACAUGUAUUUUAAUCCUUGGGUAAGCGGCAUUUCCUUGCUUAUACCGUGAACCUCGAUUUAAGAACCCCUCUAUAUGUAAUUUUGACAAGUUUUGCCCAUUCUGCUAGCUUGAUACGAGUCCCGAAAACUCAACAGACUGAAAACACUCUUUGCGUUGAGUACAUUUAUUGCACUCACAAGCAUGACCACAGCACAGCCUAUUAAGUAACUAUGUCAAGUUUUAGUUGUGAUGAAGCCGGUCUUUUCUGGAACAAGAUGCCAGAACACAUUUAUAUCACAGCGGAGAAGAAGACGGUAUCUCUUAGAGUUGGGGGAAAUAAUCGAUUUUUAGAUGCAUCGCAAUACGGACAUGGACGGUUAUAAAAUCGAUUAGUAAACAUCGAUAAUCGAUUUAUUUAUUGUAAAUAGUGCAGACAGUUCUAAAAAUUGUCUGACUGCAGCAAGCCACCUCACCUACAGAUCCGACUAGCUCCUUUUAUUUUUGGACAAUUAUGUUUCAGUUUUGCACACAUUCUCAAUAGUUUAAUAAAUGUCGGAAUUAAUUUCACUGUUUCUUAUUAUAAAUACACUACUUUUAAACAAAAAUAACUGUAAAACUGCAUCAAUAUACUAAAAGUAAAUUAAAGAUGAAUAAAUAAUAGAUUUUUAAUUGAAGCGUAGCUCCUGAAUCGCAAGGUGCCCAAAGAUUUCCACCUCUUGUAUCUCUUCUCUCGUUCUCGAGUGGCCUCUCGCUCUUCCAAAGCACAAACUCGCAGAGACGUACGGCUCUCCUACCCCGCCCCGUUUAUUUUCUCUCUCCCUCGGUCUGCUCCUUUCUCGUCACUUCUCUGCCAUUGUUAAUGUGUGUGCGUUUUACUUUUUUUAAAUGUUUUAUUAUUGUAGCAGUAUGGUUGUUUAAGUCAAGGGUUGUUGUGAUUUUGUUUGGAAGAGGGCACCAUAGUGACUUCUGUGCGCGCGCGUGUUUUAAUUUUGACUUUUUUAUUACACACCGUUGAUCCAUCACCCCUUUGUUUGUUCGAUAUACAGUACUGUAUAUCACUAUAUAUUGUGUACAAACCUUUACUAAAAUAUGGACUUUUGUCGAGGCAUUAUUCAUAUUUACAUAGUUUCUUAUGGAGAACUGUGCUUCACUAUACAAACUCUUCUAUUUACGCACCGAUCAAAUUUGUAUCUCAUUGUUGUGUUGACGUUAUGUCAACAAAAAUCCACGAGAAAAGCAACAAUGAAAUCCUAUAAAAAGCAGGUUGAUGUUUCUGGUCAAUUUUAACGGCAACAUCAACUUUUCCAUUUCAACUUUUACUAUCCAGCCUGACCCUUUUUUUAUUGAUUUGGGGGAAAAGCUCCUUUAAAAAAAAAAAAAAAUCUCUGUUUCGUUUUUUUGUACAUUUUGACACAUGCAAAAAGAUCCACAGUCUUUAUCCCAAGCAUGCUUAUUCAGUGUUCUACAUGUCAUUACAAUGUUCCGGAUGUUUACUGUACAACAUGUGGACAUUUGUUAUAAUGUUAAAACACAACUUUUAUUUUAUUUCACUUAAAAAAAUGUAUAUAUUUUGUUUGAGGGAUCUUUUCUACUUGCUUCUACUUUGGGUCGCGUGUUUAACGUUGAAUAUCCUUCCUUCCAUAUCUUAUCUUAUUCAAAAAAAGGGGAUGACUGUCACCGUGAUCGGAUCUUCUUUUUCUUCAACCCGCAAAAACUACCACAAUGUGUGUAUUCAUUGUUUAAAAAAAAGCUCCUCAGUUGAAAGUGAAACCAAAGAUGACUUCACGCUUCUUCUCCACGGUGACUCCUUUUCGAUUGCUUUGGUCUUUUCAGCCAACUUGAGUUUCUGAUGACAUGCAGGGCACAUAGCACUACUGCCUUGAUGCCGUUAGUGACGCGUGCUUUGAGACUAACGAACACAACAAGAAGCCAAAGUGCAGAUUUUUUUUUUUAUUAAGUUGUUUUUAGCAUUAUUUGACUUGACUCCUUUGUGAUACUGCAGGUUUAGUCCUGGACCAGCCGCUGUUAGCUAGCUAGCCCUGCCUUUGUGUGUGUGUGCGUGCGCGGUUUCAGUGCACAAGAGUGGCCUUAAAUUCAGUAAUAAUAAACGUGUUAUUGCAAAGA